UCACAGCUGCCCGGUCGACCAGUAUGGCGACAGUCGGCGUAUGCGAUGCAACGUGCUUCACGGAUAUUGCGUAAUCGGGAUCAGCCAGUAGUUUCUGCUACAUUAGAACGAGCGGAAGGAGGAGAUAACACGAGAGGAUAAUUUUCGGGAACAAGUGGCGCUACGACAGCUCGACGACAGUGCCUGCCGUGGAUCAGGAGAUAUGCCGCCGAGUGGAGACGCGCGUUGCUAACAUCGGGGAGGAUGCGAAUAGGACUGUCACCGGACACGGAUCGGUAACGAAGGUGAACGGCGAGCGGCACGACAGCGCCAGCGCCAGCGCCUGUAGCAGCAGCAGCGGCAGCAGCAGUAGCAACAGCAACAGCAACGUUUCGUGGAACAUGACGACGAUCAAGGGUAGCGGUACGCCAGGCGCGCCGCGCCAACUCAACGUCCUGAGCAACUUCAAGUACGAGUACUUUGUCGCGGGCAUCUCAGGCGGCGUCGUCUCGACCCUGAUGUUGCACCCGCUGGACCUCAUCAAGAUUCGAUUUGCAGUAAAUGAUGGUCACACGAGUGCAGCACCGCGAUACAAUGGACUCACGAAUGCGAUGGUUCAGAUUGUUAAAACCGAGGGAGUGCGUGGACUUUAUAGAGGAGUAACGCCAAAUGUCUUAGGAUCAGGAAGUUCAUGGGGUUUCUACUUUUUCUUCUAUAACACAAUAAAGACUUCAAUCCAAGGUGGUAACUCAAAGAAACCGCUUGGACCGUCCAUGCAUAUGUUCGCCGCCGCUGACGCCGGAGUGCUUACCUUGCUCAUGACUAAUCCGAUCUGGGUGGUGAAAACGCGGCUGUGUUUACAAUAUGCUGAGGAUGUGAAUGUGGCGGAGUCCAAGAGAUAUCGUGGAAUGGUAGAUGCUUUAAAGAAGAUUUACAAGACGGAGGGCAUUAGAGGCUUAUAUAAGGGUUUAGUUCCUGGAUUGUUUGGUGUCUCGCACGGUGCGAUACAGUUCAUGGCGUAUGAGGAAAUGAAGAACAAAUACUAUAAUUAUUUAAAUGUGCCCAUUGAUACGAAAUUGAGUACAACCGAAUAUAUCAUCUUCGCCGCGAUGUCGAAACUGAUCGCUGCAGCGUCGACGUAUCCUUAUCAAGUGAUAAGGGCACGACUUCAGGAUCAUCAUCAUGAUUAUCGGGGCACCUGGCAUUGCAUUCAAUGCACAUGGAGGUAUGAGGGUUGGCAUGGCUUUUACAAGGGUUUAAGUGUAAACCUCACCAGGGUGACACCAGCGACAGUUAUCACAUUCGUGGUCUACGAAAAUAUGUUGCAUUAUCUGCAAUCGAGCCGCGCUGCGGUGGAAGGAACGAUCGCUGUACCUGUCUCUGCGGUUAACAAACUGAAGGAAUAAGAAGUAAAAGGGAGAUUUUUUGGAGCCUUAAUGAAGUUGAGCGAAAGUUUGAAUUGAAGUGAUCCAAUUUCUAUUAUGUUCCCGGUGACAUAUUUCAAUACGAACCGAAAAUCGUGAUUUAUAACAUUCAUAUAAAGUUCUUGUAACGAAAAAAAUUUAAGGCACAAAUUUUG